GUUUUCUCUAUAUCGUCCUACAAUAUUGAGUCGUUGAGUCUACUACGUAAAUACUAACAUAAAAGUUGUAGAAGAUACAAUUACUUCUUUGCAGAAUACUAUGAUAAAAGUAUUACACUUGAUUACUCACAAAAACAGUAAGAAAAUUGCAGUUACGGCACUAUACAGGCCACCAUCAACUAAUGCUAACGCUUUUGUGGAAGAUUUAGAAGUGUUCCUAAAAAAAAGUAGCAAACAUGUGGAUAUGCAUUUUUUGACGGGUGAUAUAAAUAUCAACAUUCUGGAACACUCUGAAACAUCUCAGAAUUAUUUAAAUCUUUUAUCCGAGCAUAACUUUAUCUCUACCAUUAACAACUUUACAAGAGUAGACUUAACGUCAAAAACAUGUAUUGAUCAUAUGUUCGUGAAAGGAAAGACGAUCAACUUUUGUCAACUUAUUCCCAUUAUAUACCAAAAUAGUAUAUCCGAUCACUUUUCUAUAAUUCUCAAGGUUAUUCUUGAUGAAAAACCAUCCUCAAGCACUCCUACAUAUAUACAAAAAAUUGAGGAGUCUAAAUUGGUUGCAUAUGUAUUGAACGAAGAUUGGAGCGCAGUGUACGGAUCAUCAAACGUAAAUGAAGCGACAGAUAAGUUUGCUAGUACGAUACAGUCCCACAUAGAGAAAAGCACCAUCAAAAUAAAACUUACUGAUAGGAAAAGGAAAUGCUGGAUAACAAAUGGUCUAUUAAGGUCGAUAAAUCAUAAAAAUGAACUUUUCCAACAAAUGUUAAACAAUCCAAACGAACAAACUAUAAAAAAAUUCAAAGACUACCGUAACAAAUUAGGUGAUUUGAUAAAACAAAGAAAAGCAGACUAUUAUAAUAAUUUUAUUGUAACCAACUCGAAUAACUCAAAGUCACUAUGGAAAUGUGUAAAAGAUGUAUCAUGUGUUUCCACCCGCGAUAAGAAUAUAGAAAGGAUAAUAACUAAAAAUCAAGUAGAAGUCAAUGAUAAAAAAAUAAUAGCCCAAGAGUUUGCUAAUUACUUCAACAAUGUUGGUAAGCGACUCGCAGAAAACAUCGCUCCAACGACCUCCUUUGUAAGCAACAAAAAACUUAAGAACUCAAUUUUCCUGGAAGAAACCAAUGAAGAAGAAGUGCUUCUGACUAUACUAGAUCUUAAAGAUACAGUAGCAUCGUCAUUGGAAAGCAUAUACGGCAAUUACUAUGACAAGAAUCCAUAA